AACAGCUAUUUUGGGAACAAAGCAAUGGACACCUUGCGUUUUAAUCUGUCAAAGUGAACACUUUGCUAUCAGGUGAUCCGCAGUGUUGUUGACGAUGCUGGAGUAAUGCUUGUUCCGUCCCACACACCUCGAUGACGGCGACCACGGCACCAGCGUGACGCCUCAAAUCUUGGAGGCGUCCCAAUGGUCACAUUAAAAAUGGGAUGAUUUCCAAACAUCACUUCGGCCAAAAUCACUACUUGGUCGAAGGGGAAAAAAAACACAAAUUGUUGGAGAAAAGCAAACGAAAACAGUGGUGACUGUUUUAGUGUAGAAGUAGCGAGUGGAUAAAAAGACAUGCAGCGUGCACGAUUCGUUGUUGCUGUUGUCGUAGUCUGCGUUUCCCUGCUGGCAGCGGCGGGGCUGCGGUCGACGUCAUUUGCAUGCAGUGGUCGCAAGGUGCUCCGAGGCCAAAAAGGAAUGAUUUCUGACGGUCCUGAUAAAUACCUGGCUAACGCCCAUUGCGAGUGGCUCAUUGACGCUGGCAGUCCCAACAAGACGAUCCAUCUAGAAUUCAAGAACAUGGCCACGGAGUGCUCGUUUGACUUCCUGUUUAUCUACGACGGGAACUCGUACGCCAGCCCACUGAUUGCCAGCCUCAGUGGAGACAGCCCACCCAACCCAGUACUGGCCACGUCAGGAUUUAUGCUGUUGUACCUGUUCAGCGACCGGAACUACAUGAAGGAGGGGUUUGAGGCCACCUACCUGAUCCUCGACUGCCCCUGGAACUGUAGUGGCCAUGGCCAGUGUGUGGACUACCGGUGUCGCUGUACCCAGGACUACACCGGCGCCGCCUGCGACCGCCUUGCCUGCCCCGACAACUGCAGCAAACACGGGGUCUGCAGACCGGGCGGUGGCGGGCAGCACAGUAAGUGUGUGUGUGACAAGGGAUACGUCGGCUCCAACUGUGGUCUUUCCAUUCAUGAUGAGGUAGGUGCGGGAGAAUGGUUUUCUCUCGAAGAGACCAGCACGAAGUUUAAACCUCGAACAUUUCACACGGGAGCAUUUUUGGAAUCGACUGACUGUUUAUGGAUAUUCGGUGGAUAUGAUUUAAAUUCCGUGUUGAAUGACUUGGUUAAGUUCUGCAUGACUACGAAUGAAUGGGAGAGUGUGGUGCAGACCGAACCCUGGCCCAGUGCGAGGAAGGGCCACGCGAUGGCGGCUGUUUCCGACGGCUUGUUUAUAUUCGGAGGAAUUCUUCAGAAUGGUUCUCACAGCAACGAUCUGUGGUUCUUCAACGCGACGACGAACCGUUUCUCUCAGCGUGCCGUGAACAGCACCAUCAUCCCUCUUCCCGUCACAGGCCACACCUUGACUACUGUGCAAUCGUGGAUUUAUUUAUUUGGCGGGAAGGGAGAGGACCGUGUUUUAAUCGACUACAUGUACAGAAUCGAUGCCGAGAAAUCGGAACAGUGGGAGCGAGUCUACUUCAAGGGAGGUAACUUCCCGCGAAAGCGUCUGGUUGGCCACUCGACGGUGUACCACAAAGAGUCGAAGUCUCUGGUCGUGUUCGGGGGCUACCUUCAGCGGAGCGCGCUGAUCAGCGAGCGCACGAGCCAUGUGCACAUGUUCCACGUCGACGACAACUACUGGUCGGAUCUCGACAACCGCGAUGCCAAUAAGUCGAGCGACCCGAUCCGCGGCGCCUUCCACUCAGUGGUCGUCAUGGGCAACUACCUGGUGGUGUACGGCGGCAACACACACAUCCACCACCGCCUCGAGGUCUGCUACAACGAGGGCUUCUACUUCUACCACCUCGGCUGCCACGUCUGGGUCAACAGCACACACUUCUCAGGACUUUCAUCUGUGAUGCCAAAGAAGGGUCGGUUUGGACACAUAGCGGGUGUGGCGUACGGCAACAUUGUGCUGAUCGCGGGUGGCUACUCGGGACAGGUUCGAGGAGACCUGAUUGCAUUCAAGGUUCCCGCCGCUGUCUCUCCACACCAGUCAUCGAUCGACCAGGAUCUGGACCACUGUCUGAGUUACUCGACGAAGGACGACUGUCUCAAAGACCCAGAGUGCGUCUUCUGUACGCUGAAAUCGGACAACGAAUCGGAGGUCGCGUCACGCCACUCCUGUGUGCACAGAACUCGCACCCAUCAAUGCAAUUCUUCCACUGUUAUCCAUGACGACCAGAAUCGUUGCCCGGGGAUAUGUCCUGCUCUGCAUACAUGUUCCACGUGUGUUAGCCAGGGGAAGGGGACUCUCCUGUCCCCCUCCUCUCCACGGAGACGAGUCUACAAUGAACAGUGCAGCUGGUGUGUCAAAGAGGCUAGCUGUCAAAGCAGAGCAGUUCCCCAAGGGACGUGCAAGGCAGCUGAUAACACCGAGUCGGGGAUACAGGGCUGGUGGAAUGGACUCAGUGCCAACCUCACCCAGCUACAGCAGUGUGUGGCCGAAGACUUCCCCGCCGGGCUGCACUGGAUCAGAUACAGACAUCCCAAAAACAUGUCCUUCCCAGACGAGGUCAGCAUCAUUCGUAGAUCGAAACAGGUGCUCCAGUUUCACGACGUGUUUGGCAAAGAGCUGGAAUCAGUGGAGUUUGUAUACAGUGCGCAGCUGAUCGGGUUCAUCCACCCGCUGAAUGCACCCCCCCGCCCCCAGGGUCGAGCUCUCCAGCUGUUUCUCGGCACCCAGGAGGCCAAGGCCGUUCUCUACCUCAGCACUGACGAUGUCGAAAGGAACAAGGAACUUGUAGUGAAUAUUGCUGCCCAGUCCAUGUUCAACAUCACCCCGGCGAAGCGUUUCAACAACAACUCGCUGAUAUUCCCGAAUGUGGCGCGGGGCUACCGGUACUACAUGGAGCAGGAGACGCGCCAAGAGGUCAAGGACAAGAAGACCAACUACCCGAAGAGCAACAUCAAACUGGAGUGGAACGGAGCCAUGGAUAGCAGAAACCCACUGCAGCACCACCCAAUCACCGCAGAGUUCCUGGAGCCAUACAACAAUGGAUCGUGCGGGAAGUACAGCAACUGUCUGGCAUGUAUGAAGGACACGCUGUGCGGCUGGUGUGAGGCGAUGCGCAUCUGUAUCCAGAGAAACAACAUCACGGUCGGGUGCUCGGCCGCAGGGGACGAAGCGUAUCUGAUCACCGUGCCCACUGAAUGUCCACAGUGUGACGACCAUGUCUACUGUCACACAUGUGUAGCUGAUGCUCUGUGUGAGUGGGUCACGACUGACGGUCAGUGCACGCGGCGCGGUCGGGUAAACAAGGCCAUCAGAAACAUCACCAGGUGCAAGCCUCCCUGUCACCAACGUGUGUCAUGUUCUGACUGUAUCGCCAGUAAGGACGAGUGUGCGUGGUGUGAGAACACAGAGACGUGUCUGCCGUUCUCGGACUACGUGACGCGCUACUUGCUAGGCCAGUGCACCGGCUGGGUGGACAGCGAGAACUCGCAGAACAUGUGUCACAACUGCUCCGCCUUUGACAACUGCAAGAGUUGUCUGAGGAACUUCCGCUGUGGCUGGUGCUACAACGCCGAAAACCCAACCAUCGGCUACUGUGUUGACGGGGAUUUCACUGGUCCGCUGAGUGAUGUGAACUGCUCGGCCGUGAUCAGUGGUCACCACAACGUCUCGACGGAGGAAUCGACCGACUGGUCGUACGACGUGUGUCCUGACGUCGAGGAGUGCUCGCUCGGGUUACACGACUGCCACGCCAACGCCACCUGCAUCAACACACCAGAGUCAUUCCAGUGCGAGUGUAACCAGGGAUUCAUCAAGAACGGAGAUAUCUGUGAAAAAACGUGUUACUACCAGUGUUCUCCCCAUGGUAACUGUUCUGGACCACCUGACUUUGAGUGUAAGUGUGAGAUCGGGUGGACGGGCGAGGACUGCAGCGAGAACUGUGGCUGUCACCUGCACAGCACGUGCGCGACGGGCGUGGGGACCUGUGACUGGUGUCAGCACCACACCACCGGGGCCGACUGCAGUCUGUGCAGUGCAGGCAGCUUCGGGGACCCGCUUGACGCGGAAGGUUGUAAACCGUGUAACUGUAACGGACACGGAGACACACUGGUGGGGGAGUGUAACAACAUCACCGGAGAAUGCUACUGCAUGGAUAACACAGACGGAUGGCACUGUGACACCUGUCAGGAAGGUUACUAUGGAAACCCACGUAUCCGUGGUAAGUGUUACCUGCAGUGUGAUGGGCGGAUGAUACUCACGGAGAUAAGCCGUGGGGCUCUGGGCACUCACCGAGGUCGCGGGGUCGAAGGUCGGUCGAGCGCGUACUGCCUGUGGAUCCUGACGCUGGGCUUGUCCCUGACGGAGCCGCGUGUCGCGGAGAAGAUGCCAGUGAUAACUCUCCGUGUGGAGGGAGAUCUUGAGGUCGAGUGCAGCCGGGACUUUAUCUACGUGUAUGACGGGGUCCCCGCCUUUGUGAAUGGUUCUACAGAGGAGAACGGGGAGGGGGAGGCUCCCCUGUUGGGUGCGUUCUGUGGCCACAACCCUGGAUCUGACCUGGUUGUGCAGGCUCAGUCGGGUAUCAUCACUGUGUACUUUGAAGCUACUUUACAAGUUUCAGGAACCCGCGGAUUCAAUGCCAGCUAUGAAGUGCGGAGCUGUCCGGACGUUUGCCAUGGUAACCAGUACUGUAAAGAUGGUCACUGUGUGUGUGAGCCGGGGUUCGGAGGCUAUGACUGUGACGUGGAACUCUGUCCUGCCAACUGUUCGUACAAGCUGGGACAGGGGGAAUGCAGCCAGUCUUACCAGAUGUGUAGGUGCACGCGUCAUUUUGGUGGUUUUGCGUGUGACACGGUCGUGGACUCCACCCAGCCACACCUCCAGGUGAUCUCGGACCCCCUGCGACUGCCCGACGAGCAGGACAUGACUCCGCUGGGUCGGGUGGGUCACGUGAUGACCACAUGCGGGGAUGGACUCGUCUACGUGUUUGGAGGAUACUCCACACAGAAGAAACUACUCAACGACAUGUGGCAGUUCGACAACUCCACCGCCAAGUGGACGCUGCUCAUACCAGCGUCAGAACAAGAACCGGUUGGGAGGUACCACCAUGCCAUGGCAUGUAUUCCAGCUCUGAAGAUGUUGUAUGUUUUUGGCGGGUUUAUAGAUUCAGGGUCGUCCAAUAAUUAUCAGCCGUGUCGAGAAUUGUGGAAAUUUAACAUCGAGUCACAAGUUUGGACUAAUGAAUCGGUACCUAACUGGUUACCGAAGCUGGCGGGUCACACUCUGGUACAGAUAGAUGACACUAAACUGGUUGUGAUUGGAGGGUUUUCAACACAGUCGUACUUCUCUGAUAAAGUCCUGGAGUACGAUGCGGGCAGCGGGAUGAUAGCCUGGCAAGAGUACGACCGCUUGCUCCUGUCAGGCAGUAUACCGCUUGGAAUGUACGGUCACACUGCGGUGUUCCACAAGGCGUCGUCCACCAUCUAUGUGUACGGUGGCUACGUCUACAAGGGUGACCAGUGGUCCAUCUCUCACGACCUCUUCGCCUACGACAUUGUUGCUCGGGAGUGGAACCUGCUUGCCCCGGAGGUUCUCAGUGAGUGGGAGGGUCGUGUUUUCCACGCGGCGGUCAACAUGGACGAUAAGAUGGUCAUCAUGGGCGGCUGGACAGUGGGCAGUCAGUCUCUACCUCAUCUCCUCGUCUACCGCUACCGCUGUAAUACCUGGCACAAACUGCACCUCAAGUUUGCCGAUCUGAGCAUCAAGCAGCAAGCAGUGUCUGUAGUGGGAGUGAAGGCGGUGAGUUUCGGUGGGACCAUCUACGCGAUGGGGGGCUUCACGGGGACAGCGGUGGGCACGAUGUCGCAGCUGACAGUGCCCGGCGACAUCUGCAGCCUGAUCGACGUAGACAGCGUGUGUGAUGACACCUCGGGCUGUUCACUGUGUGUGCUCUCCAUCCCCGAGACCGGCAAGAACAAGACGCUGUGCUACUCCAGUGAUAAGCAGAGACCCGCAGGAUGUUCACGUUCGAACAACUCCUGCAACAUGAACUGGCACUUCAGCCGCAGCUGCUACCGCUACACCACGUGCAGUCAGUGUCUGGCAGUUUACCCACAAUUCAAAGCGGCUCCCAUUGCCUGUCAGUGGUGUACGAACUGCCCAGAAGGCAAGUGUGUGCCACGUGGGGUCGACUGUAAGGCGGAGAGCGGGUGUGGGGUCAGUCAGAACGUGAUCACGAAGGCGGAGAAGUGUGUGGAGUAUCUGUGUUCUGCGUCGGACUGUGACAUGUGCUCAUCCAUCGGACAGUGCAUCUGGACUCGACACUUCAAGAGAUCUACUGAAAUCCGGCGUUACUUCGACGCGAGUCCCAAGUAUAACUGGAACUGUGUGACAGCGACGCUGCUGACAACGUUGACCCUGCCAUCCCCGAUGAAGACGUUCAUGGUGAAGCUGAACAACUGUACACAGCGUUGUUACACCUUCACAGCAUGCACGACGUGUCUGACCUCGGUGGGUGGGGAGGGCGGCUCCAGGGAGUGCAUGUGGAGUGAAACACUACAGGAGUGCAUGCCUCCUGCCUACCUACCUCUGCGGUGUUCAUUCGGAGAGUGUGGCUACCUGAUUGACCAGCGGGUGACCAUCGGGGUGGAGGCGUGUCCACGGCCAUGCUACGUGUACACCAAGUGUUCGCAGUGCAUCAUGAAGCAGGGUUGUGGCUGGUGUGCUCUCGGGGGACAGAACGGCAAGGGGGUGUGCAUGGCGGGCAGACCCGCGGGCCCCUCCGCAGGGAUGUGUUCUGAGGUGAACAUCACCCUGGGAACCGACCCUAUGAUUGAAUCGUUUUCCGAGCUGGUGUUGGAUCGAUUCUCUGGUGCUCCGACAUGGUCAUUCUCGGAAUGUCCCCCUGAAAACGAGUGUCAGAAUGGACACCACACGUGCAACCCAAAAACUCAGAACUGUAUCGACACGCCCUCGUCUUUCAAGUGUGAGUGUAAGAACGGAUACAUCCAGAAACAAGGUGACCGGUGUGACCCGGUUUGUCACGAGGGCUGCGUCCAUGGUCAGUGUAUUCACCCGGACAAGUGUCAGUGCCACUUUGGCUGGGUCGGCGACAACUGCAGUGUCGAGUGUCAGUGCAACAAACACAGCAACUGUCGCAGUGUCAAGGAGUCGGGAAUCUGUCUUCAGUGUCACAACAACACCCAGGGUCCGCGGUGUCAGGAAUGUAAGCCAAAGUUUGUCGGUAACCCUCAUAACGGCGGUAGCUGUGUGCCAUGCUCCGUGUUCUGUAAUAACCACACGAACCUGUGUUUUAGGAAAGAUGACGAUGAAUACGGACACCCCAAAUACCUCCACCGCGGCCCGAAGGAAACUGAGGCGGUUUGUAAGGGCUGCCAGCACAACACUGACGGGGAGAAGUGUGAGAUGUGUGUCGACGGGUACUUCCGACUGCGGGAACAACCACUCACUGACGGGUGUCGACCGUGUAUGUGUAAUGGCCACAGCUACACGUGUGACAAGGAGUCCGGGGAGAGCUGUAAAUGCAGUAACAACACGGAGAGCAAGUGUGACUCGAAAGAUAGCAAGAAGCAGUGCUGGGAAGUACAGUGCUCAACCUGUAAAGAGUAUUUCCUCGGCACGCCAGUAGGUGGCCACCAGUGCUAUAGACAGAUGACCGUUGAUCGCGAUUACUGCUUUGAUCCAGAGACGCAGAAGAACUGCAACCAGUUUGCCCAGCCUCUGAGAUAUGGCCGCACCGUAUUCUUUGCUGUCCAGCCUAAAUACCUCAACGUCAACAUCCGAAUAACCAUUGAUGUUACAAAGGGAGGAGCCGAUGUGUAUUUUUCCAACAAGGAGGACACGUUUCAGGUUCUCGUUGACCCUCGGACGGGAAUCCAUCAGCUGGCCAUGGACCCCAUCUACCGACAGCCGCAACACACCAACAUCGACCCCCACCGGACCAGGCGUCACGUCGAUUCUCACAUCAAUAUGGAGCACCUGUUCCAGUCCAACUACCAUCAGGAUCAUUACACGGAGGACGUGAAAACCUCGUCACGCCAAGAGCGGUCUAGUGACCCGGUACCCAAACUGUACGUCAUCGACGAAAUGGUCGCGAAUGAUCUCAACACGUUUAUCACCAUCAGUCGCCCCGAUACGAUUCUCUUUGUGCGACAGGUUCACUUCCGUCUCGUGUUGACACUGCCACGUGACGUGCAUCAUUUGCGGACGUCUCGGUUCUACAUCGUCCUCAAGAGCAUAGGCAGCUACCAGAACGACAGCACAUACGGGAACCUGUACUUCCGCCAGGACCAGCCGCACAUUGAUCUCUUCGUUUUCUUCUCUGUCUUCUUCUCCUGUUUCUUUCUCUUCCUCGCCAUGUGCGUCAUGCUGUGGAAGAUGAAACAGGCGUUCGAUACGAGGCGUAUUCGACAGGUGCGUGCGCGGGAAAUGGAAUGCAUGGCAUCGAGACCGUUUGCUAAAGCUCUUGUUCUCAUAGACUUCCCGCUCGUCGCUCCCGUGCUGGUUUCGAAACGAACGAAGUGUGCGACGAAGCUGAUGCGAAACUUAAACCAGCUGGAGAGUCCCCACUUUGUGCCUCCCCCCAGUGAUGACCAUUUAAACAUAGUUCCUAUAGCGGUAGAGCCUACCGACGAUGGGGUGGCCGCAGUAGGCACGGUUGUUAUUCAGCUCCCGGGAGGAAUAUAUGCACCAUCGAAACUGUGUCUGGGAUCCACAUUGACCAUGCGGUUGAACCCGCCGGUGUCGUCUAAAAGUGCGGUUCGGAGACGGGCCAGCGCAUCUUCGUGUUGAAGGUCACUGCUCUUAGAUCUUAAAUAAUGACGACUGUUUUUAUAUAUUGUAUGUACCGUUGUAUAUUUGUGCUGGAACUCGUCAUCAUUGAGAUGGGUUGUUUUGGGGGGGUUUUCUAAUGGGAUAAUAUUUCUUCCCAUAUGAUUGUUUAUUAUUUUUUGUUGUUGAAAGUAUCCGGUAUACUUUUAAAAAGUUGUCAUUAAAACCUGGUUGUUUUCUUUACAAUUAUACAUGUACACGAUGUUGUGUAUUGGUUAAUGUAUUUAAAUUAAACAAGAUAUUUCCAAAUCAGGAACAAGGGUAUGUAACAACAUAAAUUGGUGUGAGUGUUAAAAUACCAAUAUGAAGUGAACACUUGUAGAAUAUUGUAUUUACGAUUGAAAAUUGUCGCACAAACAGAAAAUAAAAGUUUUCAGCUAGUGCAGGAAUCACAGUGAAUAUGACAUUAAUGUGCAGCAGUUUUAUCAUUUGUGCAUCUUGCAGUAUUUUGAUGAAUGUGAAAAUGGCAUGUUAUUAUUAUUAUUAUGGAAAGUUUGAUCAGUUAUUGCCUGGUUAGCAAUGUAACCGUGGGUUUUCUGUUAAAUUUUUUCCUUUGUUAUCUCUAAAACUAAAAUGUUUGGAGAAUGUUUAGACCAGUAUACAGAUUUAGAUUUACUUUUCGUAAUGUUUACAUAGAUUUAAUCCACACUCAUAUUAGAAUUGAAGAUAUUCUGAAGUCUGUGCACCAGUCGGAUUAAGACUUGUUUGAGGAAAAAAAAGGAAUCAUUUUAACUGGUUUAGUGUAACUAGAUAUACAUUCUGGUAGUAUAUUAUAUACUUGAAUUAGGGUUAUUGUGUGUUUAAAUGCAAUAAUAAUAACAAAUGAAAAUUGGGUGGUACGUUUUCAGUGGAGUUGUGUAUUUGACAGCUCUGAUGAACUCAUCUGCAGUUUGUGGUUGUAACUGGUGUUAUGAUUGGCUGUUAGCUUCAUUUACAUAUGACUCUAUUUAUAUAUGUUGAACUAUGAUUAGCUGAUAUAGGUAAAGCAAUUUAGUUUGAUAAUUUUAAAAAGUAAAAUAGUGUUUAUAUGUUGAAAUAUGAUUGGUUGAUAGAGGGUAAAGCAAUUUAGUUUGAUAAUUUAAAAACAUAAAAUAAUGUUAAUAAAACAGUUGAAUCAUUACCACAUUUCAUGUUACCAAUCUUUUGUAGUAUUUUAAUAUACAAAAUGCAUGUAUUCAACAGGCCUUUUAUUAAUAUUGACUGUUAAGUUAGAUUUUGUGUGAAUGUUUUCACUUCUCAAAGCAGAAGAAUUGUCUCCCAAACCAAAAUGGUGUCAGCUGUAGGCUAAUGUUUGAAGGCAGGAAGUGACAGUCCGUUAUAGAGUGAGUUAAUGUAUGAAUUGUGUUCUUUUAAAAUAAACACCAGAAUAAUACAGCAAGAAAGCAGAGAAAUAUCUUCCUGGAACCCCAAUCUUAAGAAACAAAAUCAAUCCACUUUUAAUAAAGCCUUUACCAAAUGGAGAAGUCACAAAAAGUGAUUUUCUUAACAUAGCUAAUUCACUAAUUAUGCUUUUUGACUUUGCAGGACAGCACUGAUAAACCAUGGAGUUUUUAGAUUUGCGGGUUAUUGUCUAUUUGAUCCCACUAAUGUCAUUUUUGACUGAAGUUAAAAAUGAAACAUUUGCGGGAUCAAAUAGACAAUAUCAUCCGCAAAUCAAAAAUUCCA